AUGUCCUUCGUUGAGAGAUGGCGGCCUGAAACCCACACCUUCCACUUGCCACAUGGUGAAACAAUGAUCACAUUACAAGAUGUGGAGGUUCUUUUGGGAAUUUCAAUCGACGAUGAGGCAAUUGUUCGAAAAACUAACUUGACAUGGGCUGCUGAAUGUCAGACUUUGCUUGGAAUUGCUACUAAUGCUGUGGUGCUUAAAGGACAAAGGAUCCUAAUUAAUAAGCUACUAGAAAAAAUUGACCAAGGGUUGCUCGAUGGUGCAGCAGAGGUGGUUGUGCAUCAAUAUGCACGAUGUCAUAUUCUAGCACUCCUGGCAGACAUAAUUUUUUCCGACAAGUUUGGCGAUAGGAUGCAUACGAUGUGGUUGCAGAUGUUGAGGGACCUUCGCAAUCCACCUCAAUACAGUUGGGGGAGCGCUUGCCUUGCAUGGUUGUACAGAGAGUUAUACAGGGCAACCGACAGAGGUGUCAGUCAGAUUGGUGGGGCUUUGCUACUGGUUCAGUAUUGGGCAUGGUUCAAAUUCCCUUUUUUGUGCCCAAGGAAGGACCUCCCACCAGAUGAUGCAUAUGGCCCACCAUUUGCACCUUCUCCACUCUCCAUUAAGUAA